AUGCAUUUAGAGAUCGAAGCAGCAAACCUCACUGGGGGUGAUAAAGCCAAAGAAGAGAAAUUGUUACAGUCUUCACAUUUUAAACUCACUAGCCAGUCAAUGCCUGAGACUAUCAAGUUUUGGCCUGGACUAGUCAAAUAUACUGUAUACAUGCAGGUUGUCAGUUCUGCAAAGAUAAAGAUAGUGAAGCCAGAUGUGUGUGAUAAAUCACACACAUGGUUCCAUCAUGGAUGGACGUACACAUAUUCUUUCACAGCAUCUUCAGACUCUGCAUUCAUUGGAGCCUCAGAGUCAAAAGCAGGGUUCAAGUACUUUUGUGACUUUCAUGUUGAUGUUCCCAGAAAAUGUGAGGGAAUAUUAAAGGUUGAUCAUUGUAAGCUGUAUGACAGGGAGCCAGGUGCAGAUCCAAAGUACAAGGAGACAGAGAACUCAGAAGUCUUCAGUGAAAAAAUGUCUCAGAAUUCUCUUUAUUUUCAAUACAACUUAGGAGAGGUGCUAAGACAGGGCAUUGUGACCUCUGAGGUGGAAGAGUUAGCCAUCCUUAACAUCAAGCGAGCCAUGCUAUCUGCAUUCCAGCUCAAGAUAAUGCCUGUAGAUCUGUACAGUAAAGAGCCCCACCAACAGUCUGAUAUCUUUGGAGAUUGUCCCACACAUUACAGUAUUUCAAAUGCUGAUCCUGACUUGUUUUACACGGAGCGGAAUUUACGCUUCUGUCAGAUGCCUCAAAUCUACAAGAAACCAAGAAAUAUAUUUUCCAUGAUACAAAAAGUGUAUGGAGGUUAUAAGAUUGGAACUGUAUCAGAGUUUUAUUAUCCAUUUUUAUCCAAUGUGAAAUGUGAUCACAGAGUUAAUGAUAAGCAUCGCCUGGAAGAAGUGAACUGCCUCCAGCAGCAGAUAUUUCAACCCAGUGCAUACAAUGGAUCAGUUUAUGCAUCAUACAUGACUAAUGCUAGUCAGUCUUUGGAACUGAUCAAAGUCGAGAAACUAAGCACACGCUCUGUCAACAGAAGAAUCAGAGGUAAAAAGUAUGUAGAUAUUUUGUUUGAGUUUGAAGAGGAAAUGACAUCAGAAGUUACCAUGGAAACAAUCAACAGCUUGCUUCAUAAGUUGGUAGAAAGUGUGAGAAAAAAUAAAAUAGAAGACCUUCCUCAGUUCUACCACAAGCUUGUGAUGGCAAUGAAGAGGACCGACAAUCAAACUUUAUCAAACAUAAUGAUAGAUAUCUGGAAUUGUCAUGGCAACAAUACUGUCAACUGUGAUUCUGUUUACCAGUUUGCGGAAAAGGACUACUUUCUGGAUGCUCUAUUGUCCUGUGGUUCCUAUAUCUGUCUGAGAAUGUUAAGUUACUGUCUACAGAGUGGCCAUGUUUCUGACCCUCUUGUCAGCUCCUUAAUUACAUAUGACCUGGCCCUUAACCAUGAGACAUCAUCAGAAGUACUCUCAGUUUUGUUUGAUAUGUGUAAAAGUAAGAACCAAAUGGGUUGUUGGUUACCUUUAGGUAUAAUGGUGCAUAGAUUCCUGGGAGAAACGGACAACAAAGAGUUUCAAAAGGAUCAUCCAGUAUCACAGAUUUUGACACAUCUUGUACAUGAGAUAGGUGACAACUGUAAAUCUGAGACAUGGGAGGGCCUCAGUGUGGAUGAGAAGAUAAAUAAACAUGAUAACCUUAUACUUAUGUUUAAGGUGUUUGGUAACUUUGGUAAAAGUAUUCAGAAGUUUUCAUCAGUAAAUUCCACUGUCAACACAUUGGUGAAAUCCAUCCUAAUUUGUGUGGAGAACCGUAAUAUUCCAUAUCACCUGUCUAAAACUGCUGUCCAGGUCAUAGCUGCCCUAGAUAUGACAGAUGACAUUGAGUCCACACUACAGACCGUUCUGUAUGAUGUCAACAGAAAGGCGUCCAUCAGGACACAGGCUUUCAAGAGUCUGGCAGACACUACAGACGAGGAUCUGAUAACCAAACUACUAGACACUGUACACACUGAACCCUUGUACAACAUCAAGUUGUACAUGAUGUCUUACAUAAAGGGAAUGUUAGAAAAUGACCAGCCAGAUAAGAAGGGGUAUAGGGAUCGCUGGAUAAAAGUGAUAGAGAAGGAUGGAAGAAGUCUGCUGUCUCACUCAUCUUUCUUAAAGGGGAAAUCUCAUUACAUUGACAUGUCCAGAUACUUUAAGUUGCCUUUUACUGUCACCUUUCAAGGUCUGCAGCUGGAGAUAGAUGUUGUACAUGAUACUGUCAAUACUGCCUAUCAGACAUGGAACAUCAGAAUAAACUACUACCAUGGAAAGAAGCAUAACAUUCUGGAACUGGAAUCAGAUCUGCAGGGCUUGCAAAACCUACUCAACAGAGCUGUAGACAGGAAAAAUGGAUUCUACUAUUUAGCAUCACUUUUCAUGAGAUUCAAGAAAGCAGUGGAAAAUUCAGCUCCAGUAGACCUAUCAGAGAUGUUUGGACACUUUCACCCAGACCUAGUAAAAGAGAUUCGGGACCUUUUUCAGCAUGUAAACUACCAAAGUAACAAAGAGGAAUUUGGAGGACUUCUACUUUGGAAAGUGUUUGGCCAUGAAGUUGCAUAUGCUGAUGUACAUAGUCUACUUGAGUAUUUGAGUGCAGAAAAUUUUAUGAAAAAAGGAAAUGAAUUCCUGGAAGCCCUAAUGUAUCAUUUUAACAAGGGUUAUCAUCGUAUCAAAACUAGAUCAUCCAAAAUCAUGGAUUUGACAAAAGUUCUGCCAACUGUCAGUGGGGCAUCCCUUGCUAUGAAUGUUCUCUUCACACACACAACUGCCACAGAGGUUAAGGCAAAAUUAACUCUGAAAAAGUUUCUGCUGGGAGUUGGACCAGUGGAUGUUCAAUCUAAAAUUUUCCACAAAGGAGCUUUUGAAUUUUUGGGACAAAUGACUGUAACAUUGCCUACACUGAUGAGGAAGAGAGGCAGAAUGGUCACACAAGGUACAGUAAAAGGAAAGUUUGAUGUUGAAGCACAAUUUCAGGCUGGGAAUUCAAACAAAGAAGUUCUUAAACACUUCAUUCUAACAUUACUGAGUAAAGGUGAUGGGACAGAAAUGGAGCUGGUAUCAGUAAAAAGCAGGCUUCUCUUGAUGCAUGGUGAUGACAAAGAUGUAGAAGAGAUUCCUUUCCUUCCAGCUUAUCAUGGGAAAUUUGAGCAGUGCUAUAACUGGUCCUUGUUUACCGAACAACAGGUGUGCCUUAUUGCGGAGUAUCCUAAUGUUACUGCCUCCAAAUCACAUGCUUACUUCCCCUUAUCAGGCCCCUUCUCAGCUUCAGUCACAAGGAAAAACAGCACAUUCAAGAAUUUGAAAGUAGUUGCUGAUUACAAAGAGAGAAAAGAUUUGAAGGAUAGGCAUAUAGAAAUUUUGACAGAAACUACAGGUGGUAAAGAAAGUCAAAAAUUAAACUUCACCUUGACAAACUUGAAAUUAGAAGACUAUUCAUUUUUUGCACAUAUUGUUACAUCAAGCAGGAACUUUUCCUUUGAUGCAAUUAAUGAAAAUGACAGGAGUCCAGUAAAUAAUACAUGGUUGCAUAAAAGAGCCAAAGGAGUCCGUGUUUAUAGUAAUGGACGUCAUUUGUAUGGGUUCAUUAUGAAGGAAACAUCCACAUCCAGUCAUUUUCAUUUAGGAGGAACAUCAUCUAGAAACAAAUCUUUUGAAAUAAGUGCUCCAGAGUUUGAAGUGGACUUUAUCUGGGAUAAAAUAAGAUACAGCUCUGACCAUAUAUACAGGAAACUACAAAGAAAACUUUUCUGCACUAAGGCUUGGCCCUCCCUAUAUCCACUACACUUUAACACAGAAUAUGCAUCAAAGGAUGGAGACAGGAGUGAUGUAUUUAUUGAAAUGGAAUUGAGUGAUCUCAACAAAAAUGAAACUUCUAUAAGAAAUUACACUUUUCACGUAGGAUAUCCAGGUCAAGAUGUUGAAAUAGAGUACAGAGAAGAAAACAAUGAAACACUUGUUGAUAUUUCAGCAGAUGUUUCAUUCCUUGGAAAGCAUCAGCAACAGGUUAAUUUAAUGGUAAAUGCAAAGAUAAAAAAACCUGAGAAUAAGAAAUCAGGAUACCAGUUUAACAUUCUGCUUGAACAGAAAGACAGAUACAGCGUGAAUGUCUCAAGCCAUAUCAGUUUGGCUCAGAAUAUAGGAGCUGAUAUAGAUGUGUUCUAUAAACUGUUCAAUACAACAGACCCACACAAAUCCAAGAAUUUAAAGUCAAUGUCAAUGACAAGCACAAAUAGACAGGAUGGUGAAAAGAAAGGGGCAUACUCUGAAUGUGAAUGGUCUGGAAUAUUAAGUAAACAGAACUGGAGAAUGAGGGCAAAUCUGACAACAAAAAGAACUCCUCUACUUUUACAACAGGGUCCUGCAACAAACUUUGACUACAAACUAAUCUUUGUGUACCCAUCCUGUGACAGCUCUGAGUACUUGAUUGGCAAAGGAUCUAUUGGAAAACUGAUCAGAAACACUUUUUUAAAUAGCCGGCAUUGGUUUAAUUCAAGUUUAUUGUAUGGAAGACAGAAGGAAUUUGAUGUAUCCAGAGAAGAUUUAGAUGCAUCAGUUACUGCAGAUAUCAACUUGUUUGCCAAACAAAUUUAUUUUAAGGAUUGUGAAUUAAGUUCAUCCUUAAAUAUUACAAAUACUGUGCAACCCAGUUGGAAUUUCAACAUGUCCAAAAAGAUCUUACUGAAACAACAAGAAUGGAAGCAACAAGAACAAAAGAAGAAAAACAAGACUGUCACAGUGCUAUUCAAAGCUCACCAAGUUACUCCAUGGAAGUUCCUGGACUAUCAGACCGAUAAUACUAUAAUUCUUAAUAAAACUGGUGGCUAUCCGAAAUACAUUGUGGAUAUUCUCUUAGGAUACUCCAACUCAUAUUGGACAGCCAGACACAAUAUUAGAAUCAUAUUGAAUAAUUCUGAAGCAUUCUUCAAUCACAGUGGAACUAUUCAAAGCAAGAUCUCUUUUAUUCCUUUGGAUAUGACAUUUGGUAUUGAUUGGCAAUUUGGUUAUCGAAUGGAUGGACAACUUGGUAUCCAGGGUAAAUUUUCCAAAGGGAACAAAAACUAUGUAAUGAAUGUCCAGUUUGUUAUGCCCAAACUCAUGAAUGUAACACUGACUUCAGAAGUUCAGUCCAAUGUGAGCGAUGUCUUGACUUUGGUGAGUGAAGUGACUGGGUCUACCCAGAUCACAAACAACCUGUCCUGGCCCACAGAUAAAACAAAUCUACCCCAUCAAUUGAGGGCCAUCAGGUCAUCUGUACACCUUGUGGGACAGGCUUUCAUUUCAGCAAGCAAAACAAUGAUGACUAAUCUUAGAAAGACAUUCCCAGGAAAAGAAAUUCCUUUUUUGAACAUGACAGUGAAUACUUUUUACAAGAAUCAUCUGGAGCCAUUUCUGCAAGCUAUACCUCUUACUAGGCCAAUUAGAAGUACAAUAAAGUCUAAACUGAUUUCUAAGAAUAAAACAGGAUCAGCAUUUAUUUGGCACUUGGAUGUGUACAUUGCUGAAUUGCUAAAGAUAACUGGACAUUCACUCCAGAACCCCCCUGGCCUUAUGGUAGGGAUCACAAACAGCUUGAAGAGGAAGAUCAUUGAGAUCUUAAAGGAGGGCAAACUAGUCUGGGUACAGCCAUUCCCCUUCAAGAUUAAAACAUUUCUAUAUUGGAAGGAAACAAUUGGUCAGAGGUACCUGUCUAAUGUGUUAUCUGUACUAAAGAGAAGGAAACCUUCACAGCCUUCAAACCAUAAAGCCAUCAUAAAAGGGUUCAGACAAAUCACAACGUUUGAUAGAAAAUCAUUUGAAAUUCCAGAGAACAAACUGGAAUGUAAACACCUGUUAACAGCUGAUUUCCACCGUGGAAGGUUUGCUGUUAUCAUGUCUAUCAGUGAAAUUUCUCUGUUUACCGUGGACAGUUUUGUUACUGUGGACAACAAGGGGAGAUUAUUCCAUGGAGAUUGUGAUGUUCCAGCUAAGAUGCUACCACCUGCUCAAAAAGACAUACAAAUAACCAGACCGAACAACCACACCAUAAAUAUUGGAACAAAUCACGGCAUUAACCUAACCUUCCAUAUUCUCCAAAAUGAAUGCCAUGUGGAGCUGUCGCCUGAGUUUAGAAAUGAGACACUGGGUCUGCUUGGAAAUCCGGACUCUCAGAAGGGAACAGACUGGAGAGAUCCUGAGGGAGUGAUAUUACAGAAACUCAGUCAAUUCCUCCCAGCUUUUGCUCUUGGUGGACCCAAGUACUGUCAUCAAGAAGAAAAAAUGCAGAAUGUCACUCAGCAAUAUAUUCACACCUUGAACUCUGACCCUAGUGCCACACCAGUAGAUAUUGUCCUGGUUGUUCCGGAGACAUUAGAUGGUAUGGAGGAUUUAGAUUCUGUACUUAUAGAGCUGAUCCAGUCCAUACAGAGGAGGUUUAAAGACACACAAAUCGGUGUUCUGAUCUACGGCAGUAAGGACACAACAAAACCCUCUCAAUACUUUAUGGAGGUGAAGUCUAUCAAUGACACUACGUUGAAGCAGGUUUGUGGGAGAGAGAGAGAGUCACAAGCAGCUCUAAUUUUACCUGUGGCAGCUUCCUACCCCUACAGAAUACACAGCCAUAAAGUCCUACUAUUGCUUUCUCCAGUACUGGAUAUCUUAGAUUCCACCAGCUCUGAAGAUAUGAAGAUUUUGUUGGAACGCAGCAAGAUUACUCUAUACCUUGCAACUGUAUAUCAAAGACUGAAAAACAAAGUAAUAGGGAUCAGCUGGGACAAUCGAGCCAUCAUGUACCCAUCUGACAGAUUCAAACCACUGUCUUUCCCAAAGGGUGAGGCCAUGAAACUUUUGGAAGACACAUCAGGAGCACUUUUUAAAAUUCAAGCAAUCAUCCAAAAAGACAGAAAGGAAAUUGAUGCUCUGGUACAAUAUCUGUACGAAGAAAUUUCAAAUAACAGUCAAUGCGAGUGAAUGAACCUUGACCUUGAAAUUUAUACUGGGUAUUUUCAAACUAACAUGGUUGUGUGUAUGUCAUAAAAAGUAUUCAAAACUAUCUCUUAUCUUUUGGAAAAAUUGAUAUGUAUGAUGUAUAACAUGAUUGUAGAGUAAUAGUUGAAAGCUCACAAAAGUUUAUCAGUUUAUCUAAUACAAGUUUGCUUGUAAUAUCAA